UGGCACUGCACGCCCCGCCUUCCGCUGCCGUGACGCAUUUCCGGCCAACUGGAUUCCUUCUUCCUGCACACGUAAACAUGGCGCCCCCCAUCCCGCUGUUAGCAGUACGUGGAUCAGACGGUACGUCUCUGCUCUGCGGUCCUCCAGGCUGUGAACAGCAUUCAGCCUUCCAGAGGGACUCUCGGAUCAGCAGGUGCGUCACCUUCAGCAGAGAUGGGACGCUGUUUGGUUGGUGCAACGGACAGAGCGUCUCUGUGGUGAAAUCUUCAGACGGCUCCAUCGUGACGACCCUUGACCUCCCUAAGACGGCUCUGCUGGCAUUCUCUCCUCUCAGCAGCGUUCUGGUCACCUGGCAGCCCUACAGCAAGUCUCAGGACUGUCCUCAGGGUGAAGCUAACCUCCAGCUGUGGGAGCUGCCGAGCGGCCGGCUGAUCAAAGCUUUGUACCAGAAGAAGGUCGACAGCUGGUGUCCCAGCUGGUCUGAAGACGAGCACAUCGCUGUGAGGAGCGUCAACAAUGAGCUGCACUUCUUUGAGAAGAACGACUUCAACACCAUCGCCAACAAGCUUCACAUGCAGAAAGUGUCAGACUUUGCGUUGUCACCCGGAGGUCAGCCCAGCAAGGUAGCCGUCUACGUGCCGGGCAGUAAAGGAGCCCCGUCAUUCGUCCGUCUGUAUCAGUACCCGGUGCUGGGCGGACCCACCGCCGCGCUCGCCAACAAGAGCUUCUUCAAGGCCGACAGAGUCACCAUGCAGUGGAACAAGAAAGCCUCGGCCGUGUUGGUGACGGCGAGCACUGAAGUCGAUAAAACCGGAGCUUCAUAUUAUGGCGAGCAGACGUUGCAUUACCUGGCGGUUAACGGAGAGACAGCUCUGGUUCAACUGCUGAAAAACGGGCCGAUCUACGACGUGUCGUGGAGUCCGAACUCUACGGAGUUCUGUGUGGUGUACGGCUUCAUGCCAGCCAAGGCCACCAUCUUCAACCUCAAAUGUGACCCGGUGUUCGACUUUGGGACUGGACCGCGAAACGCCGCCUACUACAGUCCUCAGGGCCACAUCCUGGUCCUGGCCGGCUUCGGGAACCUGCGGGGCCAGAUGGAGGUCUGGGACGUGAAGAAGUACAAACAGGUGUCCAAACCUCAGGCUCCAGACGCUACACACUUCUCCUGGUGCCCCGAUGGCGAGCACGUCGUCACGGCGACGUGUUCACCACGGCUGCGUGUCAGCAACGGUUAUAAGAUCUGGCACUACACCGGUUCCGUGCUGCACAAGUGGGACGUGGCGUCCGGCUCCGAGUUAUGGGAGGUCCGCUGGCAGCCGUUCCCAGACGGCAGCUUCCCUGAGCGGGCCAUCAAGUACCAGGCGGCGCCCAGCGAGCUGGGAAGCACACAGGCCACGCCCACACAGGCCUACCGCCCACCUGCUCUGAGACACCUGCCGGCCACGCCCAGCUCCAAACUGCACGAGGAGGAGCCGCCACAGAACAUGCGACCGGGUGUUUCAGGAGAGAAGAAUCUUUCUAAAACUGCUCUGAAGAACCAGAGGAAGCGAGAAGCCAAGAAAGCAGCUAAACAGGAGGCGAAGCCUGAACCUGAACCUCCAUCUAACCCCGCCCCUGUCAGAAACAGCCAAUCAGAGCCGACCUGCGGCGACCCGGAGAUGGACAAGAAGAUAAAGAACGUAAAGAAGAAACUGAAGGCCAUCGAGGAGCUGAAGGACCAGCAGGCGUCUGGAAAAGUCCUGCAGAAAAACCAGCUGGAGAAGAUCCAGAAGGAGGAGCAGCUGCUGAAGGAGCUGGAGGAGCUGCAGUUAGGACAGUAGGAGGCGCCGCUGGAGCAACAGGCCAUGCCUCCAAAUCCCACAAUGCAUCACACACACAGAAACCACAUUGGAGCUGGUGUGUGUGUGUGUGUGUGUGUGUGUGUUUGUGUGUGUGUGUGUCAGAAACACUGUUGACAUUUUUGUUGCACUUAAACAGACUGAAGGCUGCAUCUGUCUGAGUCUUUAGUGCUGAGAUCGUUCUUCCUCACCUGUCAGUCACCUGAUGACAGAUGAGGAGAGGGGGGCGGGGUUUUAUCAAAGAGGUGUGGCCACAGUCAUGAACUUGAUUGGAUGUUUAGUUUUCUGUUUUUAUUCAGCCGCUUGUGACUGAAAACAUCAAAUUCAUUCCUUCCUUUUGUCUUUUUGAGAAUGUCAAAAAGGCAUUCUGGGAAACGUAGUCCUGAAAAAGGACGAGAGGAAGCAGAGUGAGGUCAGAUAACAGCUGAGUGUUGAACAUCGCAGACAGGAAACAGGAAAUAUUCUUCUUUAAAGGAGCAGUCUGACAUUUUGAUUUCACUAAAUGCUGGAACGUACGUUAACUGUGUGAUCAGCUGAUUCUCCACUCUGACAUCAAAUUGAAAUCAGUCCAUUGAAGCCCUGUUGCUAUGCAACAUCUGUACAGAUGCUGAAGCCUUUGACAGUGUUACUUUGAGAAUAAGAGCCUCAUUGCCAUGCUUCACUGCUUACUGACGACAGCUCUAAUAAACUCUUUGUGAUCGA